AUGGCUGUGCAGAGCUUCCUGCAGUACCUGGGCUCCAGCUCGCUGCUCUGUUUGGUAGCAGGGCUCUUUGCUCUCCUUUACUUUCUCUCCAGCUCCAAGAAGUCAGUUUGCAAUUUGCCCCCUGGGCCACGACCUCUUCCUGUGAUCGGGAACCUGAACGUGGUGGACCUGAAAAAGCCGUUCCAGUCGCUGACAGAGCUCUCCAAGAUAUAUGGCAACGUCUUCACGGUGCAUUUUGGACCCAGGAAGGUCGUGGUACUGGCUGGAUAUGAAACCAUCAAGGAUGCCCUUUUAAAUCAUGCUGAGGAGUUUGGAGAGAGGGCAGAAAUACCCAUAUUUAGGAAAAUGACACAAGGAAAUGGCAUAGCAUUCAGCCAUGGAGAGCUAUGGAGAACUAUGAGAAGAUUUACCUUGUCCACACUGAGAGACUUUGGAAUGGGAAAGAGAACUCUUGAGAUCCGAAUCCUGGAGGAAGUAAAUUCCCUUAUCAAAUAUUUUGAAUCCUAUCAUGGGAAACCAUUUGAUACAAAAAUGAUACUCAACAAUGCUGUAUCCAAUGUCAUCUGCUCUAUAUUGUUUGGAGAGAGGUUUGAAUAUGAUGAUCCAGUAUUUCUAACUUUGCUGAAGCUGAUAAAUCAAAAUACUAAGCUGUUGGGCUCCCCUAUGGUGCAGUUAUAUAACUUCUACCCAUCCCUUGGAUUUCUGUCUGGAGCUUCCAAGACUGUGCUACAAAAUAUCCUUGAAUUGAAUGCUUUUCUCCAGAAGCUCUUCCAGGAACACAAAGAGGAGCUUAAUGAAAAUGACUUAACAGGCUUUGUCGAUGCCUUUCUGGUGAAGCAAAAACAGGAGUCAAAGAAACCACACACUGCAUUCAGCAAUGGAAACCUGAUGUUUUCAACCCUGGACCUCUUUGCUGCUGGGACUGAGACUACAUCCACAACUGUGCGCUGGGGGCUGCUGCUGAUGAUGAAAUACCCAGAAAUUCAGAGAAAGAUUCAGGAAGAAAUGAACCAUGUCAUUGAACCAGGAGAGCUGCCUAAAUUGGAGGACAGGAAAAAAAUGCCCUACACAGAAGCAGUAAUACACGAAAUACAAAGGUUUGCCAAUAUUGUCCCCAUGGGCGUAUCCCGAUCGACUCCCAGCGAUGUCAAUUUCCGAGGCUACGUGAUUCCCAAGGGUACUGAGAUUAUUCCACUGCUGACCUCUGCUCUGAAUGAUGAGUCACACUGGAAAACCCCGCAUCAGUUCAACCCUUCCCAUUUCCUUGAUGCCAAUGGGAACUUCAUUAGGAGAGAAGCAUUUAUUCCAUUCUCCAUAGGGCGAAGGGCUUGCCUUGGUGAAGGACUGGCCAGAAUGGAGCUGUUCCUCUUCUUUUCAGGCUUGCUCCGCAAAUUUGUUUUCCAGCCUCCUCCAGGAGUGGAGAAGUCAGACCUGGAUCUCACGGCUGAUGUUGGAUUUACCUUGACUCCCAUGCCUCACCUGGUUUGUGCUGUGCCUUGUGAAUGAUCAAAAACACAGCAUUAGAGUAGUGAACACUUCGAGCUUUAAAGCAAAUCUAGCUACAGUGGGGAAAAGCUGUCCCUGAGCUUUAGGGGGAGGAAGACACCAGGCACUGUUAUUUUAUUUUCUCUCAUUCGUGACAUCCUCUCCAACAGCUCCUGCAAUGUCUAAUUUGUGUAAUGCAAACCCUUCAGACAGCUCUGAGUUCUGCUCUCAGAAACUGUGGUUCAUUCCUGGAACAGCACAUCAGAGAUGCUGUUUUCAGGACAGUUUGAAAGAGUGAAAUGCCUUCAGACCUCCUCUGUAGAUGAAACCCAUCAGAGCUCUGCCCUGGCAGCCUCUAUGGGGAAUUCUCAGCCCAAAGUCCAAGCCCUAUAGCAGAGCUGAUUAUAAGUGGCCCAGCUGGAGACAAGAGACACUCAAAGGAUCUGGAAAUCUCCACAGGAUGGUAGUUCAGCUGAGCCUCAGACUGAGCUUCCAUUGUGCCAUACAACCUGCCUUAUCUUUAUUACAGAGUCCCAGACACAAGGGUGUGACACGGGCUGAUGCCAAGACCCAGGCACGGGACAGUUAUCAGAAAACAUCUAAGUGCUUUGGGAAAUGGGUUCUUUCCACCUCACACCAGGCACUUCAUGCUGAACAGCCCAUUUAUGAUGGGGCCAAUUGAGCAGCUUUCUGCUUCUGCAGAAAUGCCUAAGAAAGGCAUUUCUACCACUCCCUCACCUCUCCUGGCUUCAUGCUGGCUCUGGCACUUGUCCAAUCCCUUAUUGGGCCAUCUCAGAUCCCUAAGCUGGCAGAAAACGAGCAGCCAUGGCAAGGGAAGAGUUUCUGAAUCAGCGUGGCUGAAGCGAUAUCAGCCUGCGGCAGUGUGAGGGCAGCGGAGCUGGGGCUGGGCAGGGACUGCCACGCUCCAGCAGAGAGCUGGGAGAGGCUCAGCCCCUGCUCCCUGCUCCACCUGCACCUCAGGGGCUGUACUUGCUCUGUAGAUCUUCUCUACCCUGCACAGAGAGAAAGGAUCCUUCAGGGGAUGAAUCAGCUGCCAUAAGGUUGUCAUUUCUCACUCUCUGCACUGGCUGCAGGGUGAACUAUCAACCACAGACUUUCCAAAUUUACUAGGUGUGUUGUGAUGAAUAGGGACAGUAUUGUCCAUUCAACUGAAAAUGGGGCAUAAAACUAAAGUUACUGUUGUCUAAAGCUGAGCUGUGUGCAAAUGGAAGGAAAGACAGGAGAAAGAAUAUGAAGGGAUGACAAAGUACGGCAGCCUCUGGCCAAGACACUGACUCUCCUCACUAGCUCUAGUUCACACAACUAAAGGCAGCACUCUCACAGUGAUUCUGCACCUUCUACUUGUGCUGGUCUUGCACUUGGUCAAGCACAGGCCGAGCUCCAGCUCCUGGGCUCAGCUCAGGGAGUGCUCUGUGACAAGGAAGCCUCUGCUGCUGCGCUUGCGUGCAUUUGUUGUGCUGUUGCUCUAUUUGCAGUCUAGCUACUGAAAGCCUGACCUUAUCACCUACUUAAUCAUUAAAUAUUUUGUUCUGU